ACGCUUUUCCGCUCGGGACCGGAAGCGAUCUUUGUUUCCAGCAAGCGCUCAGACACUUUUUCCUCACUACCGUUUUUGAGUUUGCUACAAAGACACUCUUUAAAACUUCACGGGAUACAUUUUAUUGACGAAAACAUGUUUGUUUUUCCAGAGCUUGUCUGUGUGCUUUUACGUAACACACUUUCAGCGGGAACUUUGAAGCCGGUUAGCGGGGAAUGAGCUAACACCUUAGCCUCGUCGUCUCCAGGGCGAUUUUAAAGUUAAUUAAAAAAAUUAUUUUGUUUCAUAUGUUUAAUAUUGAGUUUUGUCUGGGAAAAUAAACAUGUUGUCUCAGGCGGUCCGCGGGGACGUGGGUCAGAACCAGUCCUCUUUCAAUUCCGACACUGGAGAACUUCUCAUGCGCUCCACUCGGGCUCUUAUCGCCGCUAGUAGCCUUGCCACUGGGUCGGCGACCGGUCCCGUGCGGUUAACUAUCCGAAAAGUGUCCGACGACUACAGGCAGAUCUCCAAACAAGGGAAGCCGCGGUCGAGGCUUCGACACGAGCCAGACACCGGAGCCCCUCUUAGGACACGAACCGACAUUCAGCCCGUAGGCGCACCUGUCAUUGAACGCAGCUGUUUGAACCAAAGUGAAAGUGAUUCCUGUCCAGGUCACAAGCUGCUGACAUCACACUUUGAGGAAGGGACUCGUGGCCUGGUGCUGGCGGCCCUCAAGCAACGCGCUUGCGCCCCCCAGAGGCGCAACGUAAAAGUUCAGCUUCUAGACCCUCCCAGCAGCCGCCAUGACGCUCAGAAGAGGGCAGACAUCUUGGCUGGUAACCACGGAGACCUCAGCCACGCCCCCGUCACUGCUGCAGCGCAAAUGGCUCAACCAGAGAUGGCGUGUGAAGGGUUUCAGCAAGGUGACAUCACGGACAGGCAGCGUGGGAAAAGUGGGCGGAGCCAGGUGACAGUGCAGCACCUGGAGGCGCUGCACAGCCGCCGCUUGGAGCUUCAGAACCAACUUCUCGAGUCGGCGCUCAGCUUCGUCACUCGCUACACCCCUGUCACGCCUGAGCAGGAGCACACCUAUCAGCAGGUGCCUCGCAUGAGCUCUGCAGUAAACAUCGACUCAUCAACCAGAACCAGCAUCGAGAGUGACCCAGUUACCCUGGCAACGCACACAGAUCAAAGCAGGGAUGCCUGCCAUCAGAGAGGCACUGUUUCCGUGGCAACCCAAGCCACUGACAGCCAAGUGUUGAUGGAGGCCUUUCCCGUGCAGACCGAGGCGAGGACACCAUUGAUCCCAAUCCACGGCGGCGCCUUCAUCUUCGAUCACGUUUCAUCCGUCAAACUCCCAGCGGCACCGCUUCCCAACGGGCCUGAGGUCCCGUCCAUGCUGGAGGAGGCCAGCCGGGUUCUCCGCCAGGUUCAGCGGCGGAAGAAAGUUCUGGAGGAGAACCUGAAGGUUGUGGCAAGAGUUCGAAGCGGAGAGAUCUUGCACUCUCAGCUGAAGGCCCUGGUUCCUAACAGAGACCAUGGCGAGCAGGUCCGUAUUAAGAGGACAGUGGACGCCUGGAUCCAUCUGAUCGACAGAGACGUCCAGGCCAAGGUGGAGGCGCAGGCGUCCCGGCGCCAACGCGCAGACGGCACUUUCUUUCCGCAGCAGGCGGCGCCGGGGAAUAGAGGUCCUGCCCACACAGGCAGAGCAUCGGGAGCGCGGCGCAAGGUGGCGGCGGCAAAAGGACACACCACUGGAACAAGAACGGAGGCGGAGCCUGCUUUGGAGCGGCCGGAUGACGAGUCGUACCUUACUCGUGUGUACGGCGAAGCCCCGCGAGACGGCCUUAGGAAGAGCCCCUACCCACGCUCAGGCUCUCUUCCCUUGCCACCUGACAGGAAGCUCCGCCCACAUCUGGUGCCGCUCUUGAAAGCAAGUACAAAGAAGGAUGCUGCGCAGGUGUUUUCUGUCUCAAAGACCAGUCUGGCACCGCCUCUCAACUCAUCACCUGGGCGACACCUGUCCUCCCAGCUGACCUCAAGUGACCCGUCUAAGACCCCUGCAGAGACGGCCAUGGCUGUCCCCCUGGCUCACCCAAGGAUAGGCCCCUCCCCGAGGUGUCAACAGGAGGGGACCUCAGUUCCUGUUACCUGCUCCCCAGUGGACCACGCUCUACCUGAGCCCCCCAGCCAGCAGCUGCAACCAGUAGAUGAAGAUGAAGGGGAAGCACCGCCGCCAUCUUUCACUGUCAACGUCACAGACGGGAAGAACGAGGGAGAGGGUGGAUUUCCUGGAAGUGACUUCUUGUGUGCGGCUGACGUGGGUGAGGACUCUGUCCCGGAGGAGGUACAAGUACAUUUGGACGGAGCUGUGUCUCCCCCUCCGGUCUUGUAUCAGGUCUUGGCCCCCCAGGACCAGGGCUUGCAUCCCGUCCUCCACCGGGACUCUGCGGCGGGUGGUGACGGCGAUCUGGUGAAGCGUCUGGCGCUACGGGUGGAGCAGCAGCUCAUGUCAAGGAUGAUCUCUGACUUGUACCCGCUGCAGACCCCUGAACCCCAGCGCAACCAUGCCACGGAGCCAUCAAAGGUGGAAAGGCGCAGUCUAACUUCCGCAGUCGUGGAGGCAGCAGGUGACACGGGUCUGCAGCACGUGGGGGACACCAAUCUGCACGUGGACUCUGUUUUAGUCAAGCAAAUGGUCCAUGAGGUUCUGGCCAUGAUAGUCACUCAGGUUCUUGGACAGAGGGAGGCUCCAGAUCCCCCACCAGAUCUACGACCAGAUUUAGGACAAGGACCAAAGAUAAGAACAGAUCCACGACUUGAUCCAGUAACAUAUCUAGGACUAGAGACAGAAAAAGAACCAGGACUUGAAAUAAGAACAGAACCGGGACCCGAGCUAAGAACAGAUCAAGAGCUACGAUCAAAUCCGGUAACAGAACAAGGAUCAGAGCUAGGACUAGAUCCAGCACCAGUGUUAGGAUCAGAUCCAGGAACAGAGCUAGAAUCAAAUCCAGGACCAUAUUCAGCACCAGAGCUAGAAUCAGAUCCAGGAGUAGAGCAAGUACCAGCUCUCGCACCAGAGGAAGCAGCAGAUCCAGGACUAGAGUUAGUAACAGAUACAGCAGCAGAGGAAGCAGCAGAUCCAGGACUAGAGCUAGGAACAGAUCCAGCAGCAGAUCCAGGACUAGAGCUAGGAACAAAUCCAGCAGCAGAGGAAGCAGCAGAUCCAGGACUAGAGCUAGUGACAGAUCCAACAGCAGAGGAAGCAGCAGAUCCAGGACUAGAGUUAGUGACAGAUCCAGGACUAGAGCUGGUGACAGAUCCAGGACUAGAGCUAGUAACAGAUCCAGCAGCAGAGGAAGCAGCAGAUCAAGGACUAAAGCUAGGAACAGAUCAAGAAACAGAGGAAGCAGCAAAUCCAGGACCAGAGCAAGAAGCAGAUCCAGGACCAGAGUCAGCCCCAGAGCUAGUAACAGAUCCAGCAGCAGAGGAAGCAGCAGAUCAAGGACUAAAGCUAGGAACAGAUCAAGAAACAGAGAAAUCAGCAAAUCCAGGACCAGAGCAAGAAGCAGAUCCAGGACCAGAGUCAGCACCAGAGCUAGGAACAAAUCCAGCACCAGAGGGAUCAGCAGAUGAAGUGAAGAUGCUUCCUGUGCUUCCUGUGCCAAUCACAGCUUCAGAUCCGUUAGGCACGCCCACCUCCCCUGACGGACUUCCUCCUGAUGUCCGCAUGUCAUUGGGAGACUCCUUGGACCAGGAGAUGCCGGUGGAGCACACCAUGAUGCAGAGGUCAGAAGAAGAGUUGGCUACGCCCCCUGCUCGGGUUGACCCAGAGUCCAGCUCCAGUUCUUGUGAUGAAAGCACUUUGAUGACAGGAAGUGACAGUGCACUCCAACAGCUGUCAGAGGGAGAACUGGUCGUCUGUUUCAAGCAGCCCGACUCAUUGACAGAGAGCAGUUUGUCCAGCUCCCUUCACGACAUGGACUUUGACCCCCCCAGCGAAGGGCAGGUCAAAGGUCAUAUGUUCCAUUCACACACACUGCAAGAUGAAAGAUCACAGGGUGAGUGGUGGAGGGGGGAGGAGGAACUAAGUCUGGGGGAGGUGCCUGGUGCUCACAGGAAGCUGAUGUCGCAAUCAAGUGCACCUCGCCGAGACAUCGCUUCUUGUGCUGGCCAAGAGCAGAAUAUAUCUUCUGAUGAGAUUUCGAGUCAUUUCUUCUAGUACUUUUCUACUUUUGAAGUUCAGCAGCACUUUAAUGAAGCAAAAUAAAAUCCCUCUAGGAAGUUUUUAAAAUCAUUCAUGCAGUCUUACUUGCUGAUGUUUUUCUUUCAUUUUGCUUUUCAUCAAAUGAAAACAAUUUGAAUUGUCAGAGAGCACUUCGUGAAGGGUCCAACAGGAAGUUGUCGGCAGGAGGAGGAGGACGCAGGUUGGAAUCCCUGGUACCCUGACAGACUGAAGAGGCAAACAGCCGGCAGAGGUCUGUGCUUACUCAAAGGUACAAUUUCAAUGUCAAAACACUGCUUGGCAUACAUCUAACCUUUUACUAUUGUUAUUAUUAUUAUUAUUAUUGUUCACAUUCAGUGUUGGGGACAAGAUUCCUAGCUUUUUUAAGAUAAUUUAACAAAUCUACACCUCAGUGUCAUAUACUUUGGUGUUUCACUAAUGCCAACUGUUAGCAUGCUAACUUUUUUAGCUCAUUUUGCUCAUAUUUUUUGCUACUUGACGCUGUCUGGCCAGCGUGCUAACUGUUAGCAUUUCAGUUUGGCUUUUCAGCAUUCGCAUUUUCUUGUUCUUUGAAACAAAUCAAAAUAUUCUACUGGUUUUGAAGGUGGAAAAUAAUAUUUAGUACGGCUCCAUUCUGAGUUUCCUGAAGAAAAGUCUAGUUAGUGAAGUUAUGGCGAAUAAAAGCCAAUCCUAAACAUGCAUUUAUUUCCAGUUCAUUCUUGCAGACAUGGCUGCAAACUCCAUGCCAUUUCUGACUUAGCUCCACUCC